AAAACGAUAGUUCGAACAUCGAUAUACAGCACAUGCAACCAUAUUCAGACAGCGACAGCAGUGCAAAAGCAAAAUCAACGCGCUAAAUAAAAAAUUUUUGCCCGGUUAUUAAGCAAAUUGUCUUUGUUGUGAACAUUUAACGCAUAGCAUACAAUACAACAAUGAGUUACGCUGCAGAUGUUUUGAAUGCUGCUCAUCUCGAGCUACAUGGCGGUGGCGAUGCUGAGCUGCGUCGCCCCUUCGAUCCCACCGCCCACGAUCUGGACGCAUCUUUCCGCCUGACACGUUUCGCCGACUUGAAGGGACGUGGCUGCAAAGUGCCGCAAGAGGUGCUCUCCAAACUGGUGUCAGCACUGCAGCAGGAUUACUCUGCUCAGGAUCAGGAGGCUCAGUUCCUUAACGUGGCCAUUCCCCGCAUUGGCAUCGGACUCGAUUGUGCCGUCAUUCCGCUGCGCCAUGGCGGCUUGUGCCUGGUCCAGACCACCGACUUCUUCUAUCCCAUUGUCGAUGAUCCCUACAUGAUGGGCAAAAUAGCGUGCGCCAAUGUGCUAAGUGAUUUGUAUGCGAUGGGCGUCACUGAUUGUGACAAUAUGCUAAUGUUGCUUGCAGUCAGCACCAAGAUGACAGAGAAGGAGCGCGAUGUGGUGAUUCCGCUGAUAAUGCGUGGCUUUAAAGACUCCGCUUUGGAGGCGGGCACUACCGUCACUGGCGGACAGAGCGUUGUCAAUCCCUGGUGCACCAUUGGCGGCGUCGCUUCCACUAUUUGCCAACCCAAUGAGUACAUUGUGCCCGACAACGCUGUGGUCGGGGACGUGUUGGUGCUGACCAAGCCACUGGGCACCCAGGUGGCCGUGAAUGCGCAUCAGUGGAUCGAUCAGCCAGAGCGCUGGAAUCGCAUUAAGCUUGUCGUCUCCGAGGAAGAUGUGCGCAAGGCUUAUCACCGUGCCAUGAGCUCCAUGUCGCGUUUGAAUCGCGUAGCCGCCCGACUAAUGCACAAGUACAAUGCCCAUGGUGCUACGGAUAUUACCGGCUUUGGUCUUCUGGGUCAUGCCCAGACUCUGGCCGCCCAUCAGAAGAAGGACGUGUCCUUUGUUAUACACAAUCUACCCGUGAUUGCCAAGAUGGCCGCUGUAGCCAAGGCUUGCGGCAACAUGUUCCAGCUGCUGCAAGGACAUUCCGCUGAAACGUCAGGUGGAUUGCUCAUCUGCUUGCCACGUGAACAGGCGGCUGCCUAUUGCAAGGACAUUGAGAAACAGGAGGGAUACCAGGCCUGGAUCAUUGGCAUUGUGGAAAAGGGUAACAAAACGGCACGCAUCAUCGAUAAGCCACGUGUCAUUGAGGUGCCCGCCAAGGAUUAGAUUCCUUUUUUCUUUAUACAUAUGUAUUUCUUAUUGAGCACAGCCAAUGUUUUCGUGCUUGAGAGCUCUCAAGUUACAACGCAAUUUAUGAGUGAACUAAGUUACCGUUUUUUGUAAAAGGAAAUGCUAAACUACAUACAUACAACAUUUAUUAAUAAUAACAAACUCUGAUCUAUUACGAAAUCCAUGGACACCGCUAAUAAUAAUAUGAAUGAAUAAAUAAAA